AUGCAAAAAUCUAGUUCAGCCACAAAUCAAACGCUUAUUAAAGGAGAAAGCACCUCAGACCCCAGUAAAAUCUACAGCCUGAUCCCACCUCGUAAAAGGCACUUAACUCCAAACUCCCGAGUCCGCAGUACAAAAGUUAUAAUUCCUUCACAAGGGUCUUCUUUUUGCCAUACACCCCAGAUUUCCGAUAUUAUCCCUUUUAUCACUUGUGGGAGUAUUCCCGUUGGUUUUCAAUUUCCAUUGAAAAAUCGGCUGAAAAACCAAAAAUAUCUCCCAUCGAAAAAUCUUGAAAAUUCACCUACAAGGAGAACUUCAGAUGCAGUUGGAAAAGAAUUUUCUCCUGAGGCAAGAACUGAUUCUACUAUGGCAAAUUCGUGAUACUCGAACCAAAAUCCUUGUAACUCGAUUUCAGAAGAUGUUUCGUCUCCGCAUAGACAAGUUGAGUCUUUACCAGGCACUGAAGAUAAAGAAUCACCGAAAAGCGUAAGGGUUUCUUAUACAACUAUGUCAGAUUUCCAUCAAAUUGUACCAAAAAUCAACACAAAAUCUGUAUUAAAAUCCAAGCUCAUAAAUUGCCAAGAAAAAAUUUAUAAACUUCCUAAUAGGGCUAAAACGCCAAAUAUCAGGCCAAGGACGCCUGAGUUUUACCAUAGUCAAAAUCCUCAUAAUCAAGAAUCAAUCCAAGAGUACUUCGCAGGCUCAAAUAUUUCAAGGCUAAAACGCAAAGGAAAAAAUGACGACAAAAAACUUGAUUUUUCAAGCGAUUUUGUAAAUAUCAAGUAUUUAUUAGCAGGACACAAAAAUUCAGUAAAUUGUGUAGAAGUUUGAGAUGAAAAUAUAUGAAGCGGAUCUAAAGAUUGUAAAAUAAACGUUUGGAAUUUUAAUGAAAUACUGCAAAGUAAUAAAAAAAUCAUCAGAAAGCCUGUGGUGAUUGGGAAACAUCAUGGCUCUGUCAACGUUAUAAAAAAAUGUAGCAAUUUAAUAGCUUCUGGUGGACAGGAUUGCUAUAUUAAACUAUGGAGCCCAAAUUACAAAGAGCUUGGCUGCUUGAAAACUUCAUCAAGCAUAAAAAGCUUAGAAUCUCUUUAUAGUAAUAAAUUGAUUUCAGGAAGCUUAGAAUCAAUAACAGCUUGGGAUUUAGCCAAGCAAACACAUAUAAGAGAACCCAUAACAGAACAUCUUAAAAAAAUAAACUCUCUUACCAGACAUACAGAAUUUACAUUUAUCAGUGGAUCAGAUGAUUCAACCAUAAAGCUAUGGGAUUUAAGGGUACCGAGGUCAAUUUUAACUUUAAUUUCUCACGAAAAUCCAAUUACUUGUACAAUAUUUACGAGCCAAUUUACUUUUCUUUCAGGGUCACUUGAUAAAAGCAUAAAGGAGUGGGAUAUCAGGGUAGCUGACGUUAUAAGCACAAGGCAAUCAAAUAGUAAAAUUUAUUGUAUGUCUGCUAUAGGCUUGAAAAUCGCAGCUGGGGGAAAUGGCAUUGAAAUUUGGGAUGAAAACAAGCACAAAGAUAUAAAUUUUCAUGAGGGGAGAAUUAAAUGCUUGUGCUAUGAUGGAAGCCAAAAGCUAUUGUUUUCGAGCAGCACUGAUAAUAUAGUCGCUGCAUGGUCUUUUAAAGAAUAA